UCAACACACGUGUGUAAUAAUUAGGUUAGGCAUUUGUAAAAUACCUAGUCUCUCUAUUGUGUAUAAUACAUAUUUAAAAUUAUGUUAUUUUACUUAAAUAGUGAUUCAUUUUAAGUAAUUAAUCAUUUAAUUUUGAUUUAUUGAUUGUUAUUAAUUGAUUAUCGAUUCAAAAUGGUAAAAAAGAGGUAUAAUUCUCGAGGUCGGAGUAAUCCAACCAUAGAAAUUGACAAUUCAUCUUCAAAAAAGGUUAAAGUUGAUAUCGUACACAAAAAGGAUGAUUUCGAUGAAUCAAAUGCUUUCGUUCUUCCUAGUGAAAAACGAAAAACCAAAAUUGUAAAUAAAAAAGAAUCGUCAGUUCGUUUAUUGUCUAAAAAACGAAGGAAAGAGUUGGAAAAAGUUUUAGAAAAGAAACAAAAAAAGUUACGGAGAGCAGCUUUAUUAGAUGAUUUAAUGAAAGUACAAGCUUCUGCUGAUGAACUCAAACAGUAUACAUCAAUAACAGAAAUUCAAACAAAAGGAUUAAAACGACUUUUUCAAGAGAGUCAAAAUCCUGAAUCUAAAAAAAAAGUGAAAAAAUAUGAUGAUGAUGAUGCGACAGAUGAUGUUGUAAAUUCCAUUAAAGGAAGUGGAAAACAACGCUUAGCAAUUCUUGAAGAAGAGAAAAUGAAGAAUAAUAUUAAUGAUCCUAAUGUUGUUGGUUUCGAGGAGUCAAGUGAAAGUGACAUGGAGACCACUGAUGAUGACAUUGGAGAUAAUGAAGAUAUUACAGAGAAACAGAUAUCACAGAAUACUGGUCCAAGCAUUGAACAGGAUAAAGAACAAGAAAAGAACUCGAUUAUUACGACUGAUAAACCUGUUGACGUUGAAAAAAAAUCGAAUAAACUCAGACGACAAAUUGUUAUUACUGAUGAAGAUCGUAAGCCUGCAGUUUUCGUUCUAGUGAAUCGUAAACCUGAAAUUCAAGAAGCUCGAUUAAAAUUACCUGUACUUGCUGAAGAACAAAGCAUUGUAGAAGCAAUAAAUGAGAAUUCCAUAGUAAUAAUAACUGGAGAAACUGGGAGUGGUAAGACAACUCAAGUACCUCAGUUUUUAUAUGAGGCAGGGUAUGCAAAAGAUAAAAUGAUUGGAAUUACUGAACCUAGAAGAGUAGCUGCAAUGUCUAUGAGCAAACGCGUCGCAGAGGAAAUGAAUUUAUCGGCUAACGAGGUUUCGUAUUUAAUUAGAUUUGAGGGUAAUGCAACGCCGGAUACGAAAAUUAAAUUUAUGACUGAUGGAGUUUUAUUGAAAGAAAUUCAAAGUGACUUUUUAUUAACUAAGUAUUCGGUAAUAAUUUUAGAUGAAGCUCACGAACGUAGUGUUUAUACUGAUAUUCUUAUUGGUUUAUUAUCAAGAAUUGUUCCUCUUCGAAUUAAGAAGAAAAAUCCUCUUAAAUUAAUUAUUAUGUCAGCUACAUUACGAGUUGAUGACUUUAUUGAUAAUCCUAGACUUUUUAAAACUCAACCUCCAGUAAUUAAAGUGGAUUCACGGCAAUUUCCUGUAACGAUACAUUUUAAUAAAAGAACCAGUGAAAAUUAUGUCUUAGAUUCAAUUAAAAAAGCUGUUAAAAUUCACACAAGAUUACCUGAUGGUGGGAUUCUAAUUUUUCUUACUGGACAACACGAGGUGAAUACAGUUGUACAAAAACUUCGCAAAAGAUUUCCAUAUAGAAAGGCUCAAUGGAUGAAAGUUUCCGACAAGUCAAAGUCUCAAGAUAAUAAGAAAGAAGUAAAAAAGAAUAAAGAAGUGAAAAAAAGUAAAGAGGAAAAAGAUGACGAGAGAGAUGAAGAAGAUGAAGAAGAAUUAAAUGCUCGAAAUGCUAUUCGUCGAUUGAAAAACAAAAAAAAACUUCAAGAAAUACAAUUACCAAAUAUUGAUCUUGAUAUUUAUUCAGCUGUUCCAAUGGAUGAUACUCAACAGGACUUAUUAAAAGCUGGAGAAAACGAUCCGAAUGAUGAGGAGUUAUUAGAUGAAAAUGAAGAUGAUGAUGAAGAUAUUUUAGAAAUAGAAGGGUCAUCAACUUCUCAACCGAUGUGGGUAUUACCACUUUAUUCACUUCUUCCUGCUCAUAAACAGGCUAAAGUCUUUGAAGAAGUACCUGAAGGAUGUCGAUUAUGUGUAGUAUCAACAAAUGUUGCUGAAACUUCAUUAACAAUUCCAGAUAUUAAAUAUGUUAUUGAUAGUGGUCGAUGUAAAACUCGUUUGUAUGAUAAAUUUACUGGAGUAAGUACGUAUAGAGUUACUUAUACAAGUCAAGCUUCUGCUAAUCAACGAGCUGGAAGAGCCGGAAGAACAGGACCUGGUCACUGCUAUAGACUUUAUUCUUCAGCAGUCUUUAAUGAUGAGUUUGAAAAGUUUUCUGAGCCAGAAAUCAGACGGAAACCUGUAGAUGAUCUCUUAUUACAGAUGAAAGUCAUGAAUAUUCACAAAGUUGUAAAUUUCCCAUUCCCUACGCCCCCUGAUAUUAUCCAGUUAAAGUCAGCGGAAAAACGACUCUGUAUUUUAGGAGCUUUAGAACAACCAUCAGUACAAGAUCAAGAAACUUUCAAUGCUAAAGUUACACCUCUGGGCUACAGUAUUUCAGCAUUUCCAGUAGCUCCACGUUUCGGAAAAAUGUUAACGUUAUCUCACCAAUAUAAUCUCAUAAACUACACAAUUUGUAUGGUAUCAGCAUUAUCAGUUCAAGAAGUACUGAUAGAAAAUCUUGGAUCUGAAGGAGAAGCAUUGAAAAAAUGGCUACAAAUUCGAAAAAGUUGGGCAGGAGUUGGAAAUAGUUUACUUUUAGGUGAUGUGAUGGUUCUUAUUCGAGCUGUGGGAGCAGCAGAAUACGCAGGAAGUAAAGGGAAAAUUUUAAAAUUCUGUGAAGAAAAUGGAUUAAGACAUAAAGCUAUUGUUGAAAUUAGAAAACUUCGGCAGCAAUUAGCAAAUGAAAUUGCUUUAAAUAUUCCUAAAUUAGACUUGAGUAUUGAUCCCAAUAUGUCUCCUCCAACGGACACAGAAACAAGAUUACUACGGCAAAUAAUUCUUGCUGGUAUGGCUGAUCAGGUAGCGAAAAAAAUAGAUCCUGACGAAAUAAAAGAAGAUCAAGAUAAAGUCAAGUGGAAACAUGCUUACAGAGCAUUGGAAAUGGAGGAUCCUGUUUUUAUGCAUUCAUCAUGUGUUUUGAGGCAUACAAGUCCAGAGUGGGUUGUUUAUCAAGAAAUUUAUGAAACGAAUAAGAUGUAUAUGAGAGGAAUAACAGCAAUUGAACCUGAAUGGUUACCAAAGUUUUCUCCAUCCUUGUGUACCAUGAGUGAACCAGUAGAUGAUCCACCACCAAGAUAUGACAGAGAGUUGGAUAAAGUUUUUUGUCAUAUGCGUGGAACAUUUGGUCGAGGAGGAUGGGAACUGCCACUAAUGGAGUUAGAGUUUCCAGCUAAUUCUGAUGGCAUUCGAUGGUUUGCACGCUUUUUCCUUGAAGGCGAAGUGUGUCCGAAAUUAAAACGUUUUGUUCCAUCAUUACUAUCUACGACAUCCAGUAUAAAUAAAUCCUGGGCAAAGCUGGUACCUCGAACAGAAACAAUUGUUAAAACUUUAUUAAUGAAGGAAGUGAUGUCAAAGGAAAAACUAUUAGAAAUUUGGCAAGUUGAUAAAAAAUUUCUCUUAAAUGCCUAUCAAAAAUGGUUGCCUGAAUCUGCACACAAUGAUGUGGCACUACUUUGGCCUCCUGUAUAGACUAAAUGGAAGAUAAGUUAUUCGUAAGAUUCUACUUAUUGCUUCUAAAGAGUAAG